GCCAUUAAAGAAAGGAAUCCAUGAAUUCAAAUGGAAACCAACAGGAACCGAGGCUGAAAUAAUGACCAAAAUAAUCGCUAAAAUAUAGGCCGAUGGCAGAUUUCGAGAGGCUUCCACAGGAUGCAUUUCGUUUUUAGACUCAUUUUUGCGAUGGAGGAAUAAGACAGGACGUAUUUUUUUUUUUUUUAAGCACAGACCGUUUUAGGGCUAAGGGGGAGGGGGAGAGUUGCUUCUUUGCUCUCCUUUUCUUUUUGUUUUAUGAACAUUUUUCGCUUCCCCUAAUGAGUUUUUACAGUGUGCUUUUGGGAUGUCGACAUAAAGCCCUCACGGUCUCUUUUAUUCGCUUUUAGCUCCGGCAGUGGAACUGCAAUAGGAAGGUUGUUGAAUUAACUAUCCUCCAGCCAAAUGUUACAAAAAAUAUUUCUCGUUGAUUAGACCUGCACAUCUUCUGAAAACAAAAAAUAGCAAAUUGUUCUCUAUUUCCCGGGAAGUGAAAUGAUGGAGAGUUGGACCUCGCAGUGAAGAAGGAUGAGUUCUUGUUAUGUACCAAACGGGGCCAGCUUGGAGGAUUGCCAUUCCAAUCUAUUCUGUCUGGCUGACUUGACAGGGAUCAAAUGGAAGAGGUUUGUGUGGCAGGGUCCCACCUCAGCUCCCAUCCUCUCUCCAGUCACGGAGGAGGACCCCAUCCUGUGCAGCUUCAGCCGCUGCCUGAAGGCAGACAUACUGAGCGUAUGGCGGCGCAGUCAGCGACCGGGGCGGAGGGAGCUCUGGCUCUUCUGGUGGGGGGACGACCCAAACUUCGCCGAUCUCAUCCACCAUGAGCUUGCAGGUGAGGGCCUCUUGGAAUACACAUGA